CGUCCGUGAGAGGCUAGCUACGGGCAAAGAUAGUGUUUGUUGACGUUUUCUUUCGGGGAUAUUGACAGACUGGAGCUUUCCGCGACCGAACGACGAAAGGAAGCGUGAUAAGUGGAUAACUUUAGUGACCGGCCACCCGCGCUCCUCCUCAAUUAGGAGCAGAGUCCUGAGCAUUGACCAGCAUGAGCAAUAUCUACAUUCAGGAGCCUCCCACGAACGGGAAGGUUUUAUUGAAAACUACAGCUGGAGAUAUUGAUAUAGAGUUGUGGUCAAAAGAAGCACCUAAAGCUUGCAGAAAUUUCAUUCAGCUUUGUUUGGAAGCAUAUUAUGACAAGACCAUUUUUCAUAGAGUUGUACCUGGUUUUAUAGUCCAAGGGGGAGAUCCUACUGGCACAGGAACUGGUGGAGAGUCUAUCUAUGGAGCCCCAUUCAAGGAUGAAUUCCACUCACGGUUGCGUUUUAAUCGGCGAGGACUGGUUGCCAUGGCAAAUGCUGGUCCUCAUGAUAAUGGCAGCCAGUUCUUUUUUACACUGGGUCGAGCAGAUGAACUUAACAAUAAGCACACCAUCUUUGGAAAGAUUACAGGGGAUACAAUAUAUAACAUGCUGCGACUGGCAGAAGUAGACACUGAUAAUGAAGAAAGACCACUUAAUCCACACAGAAUAAAAAGUUGUGAGGUUUUGUUUAAUCCUUUUGAUGACAUCAUUCCAAGGGAAAUAAAAAAGCUGAAAAAAGAGAAACCAGAGGAGAAAGUAAAGACAUUGAAACCCAAAGGCACAAAAAAUUUUAGUUUGCUUUCAUUUGGAGAGGAAGCUGAGGAAGAAGAGGAGGAAGUAAAUCGAGUUAGUCAGAGCAUGAAGGGGAAAAGCAAAAGUAGUCACGACUUGCUUAAGGAUGAUCCACACCUCAGUUCUGUUCCAGUUGUUGAGAGUGAAAAGGAUGAUGCAGCAGGAGAUUUAGAUGAUGAUGAAGAAUUUGAAGGUGCAGAGAAUGAUGAAAGCAUUGAUGGUGAUGAGAAGAACCUGAUGAGAGAAAGAAUUGCAAAAAAGUUAAAAAAGGACCCAAAUGCAAGUGUUAAAUCAGCUGGAGAGGGAGAAGGGGAGAAGAAAUCAGUUAGCCGCAGUGAAGAACUCAGAAAAGAAGCAAGACAAUUAAAGCGGGAACUCUUAGCAGCAAAACAAAAAAAAGUAGAAAAUGCAGCAAAACAAGCAGAAAAAUCAAGUGAAGAGGAUGAGGCUGCCCUAGGUGGUGCUGUUGCAGAAUACAGAAGAGAAAAGCAAAAGUAUGAAGCUCUGAGGAAGCAGCAGCCCAAGAAGGGAACUUCCCGGGAAGACCAGACCCUUGCGCUGCUAAACCAGUUUAAAUCUAAACUCACGCAAGCAAUUGCUGAAACUCCUGAAAACAACGUUUCUGAAAUGGAAGUAGAAGAUGAUGAAGGAUGGAUGUCACAUGUGCUUCAGUUUGAGGAUAAAAGCAGAAAAGUGAAAGAUGCAAGCAUGCAGGACUCAGACACGUUUGAAAUCUAUGAUCCUCGGAAUCCAGUGAAUAAAAGAAGAAGGGAAGAAAGCAAAAAGCUGAUGAGAGAGAAAAAGGAAAGAAGAUAGAAGGAGAGGACUGGCAACCAGAACAAGUGAAAGUGUGCCUGCAGUGCAUGGCCUCAUGACAGUCAUUGCUCCCAGCAGCACCACUUAGGGCAUGGAAAGAAGUCUUUUUGAAACUUUGUCUGGUUUUGAAAACCAGUUAUCUUGUUAUGUAAAUUGUGGACUGACACAAACACAUGCUCCGGGUUACUGGAACACACUUUUAUUCUGCAUUGACCUUUUAUAUUGUUAAAUGUGAAAUAAAAUCACUUUCCUUCCA